AUGAAUAAGGUCUAUAGGGGUUGUAAUUUGAGGAUUCAGGAGUAUGAGUUUUUGGCAAACCUUAUUGAACUACCUUUUCAUAAGUUUGAUGUGAUUUUGGGGAUGGAUAGGUUGUCACAUCACCAAGCUAUGGUGGAUUGCCAUUUAAAGAGAAUCACAUUGAGAACUCCUGAUAACCAAGAAAUCAUUAUUGUGGGUGAGAAGUCAAAUUAUCUGUCUAAUGUCAUAUCAGCCACUACUGCAAGAAGAUUGUUAAAUGGGUUCAUGGUGGUUUUUAUUAAUGAUAUACUAGUGUACUCUAGAGACCGAGAAGAGCAUGAGGAGCAUUUAAGGAUUAUAUUGCAGACCCUGUGGAGGAAGCAACUAUAUGCUAAGUUGUCUAAAUACAAGUUUUGGCUUCAUGAGAUUUCUUUUUUGGGCCAUAUUGUGCCAGCUGAUGGGAUUAAGGUGGAUCCCAAAAAGAUACAAGCUAUUAUUGAUUAG